AUGACUCCUGCAACAGAUGCCGACAAGGUUUUCCCCAUCACCACGUUUAUAUCAGACCUGCCCAGCAGUCUCACUCCGCAACUCGUAUCGUCCGCGGAAAAUGACCAGGGAUCUUCUACUCGACGAUUAGUCAUCGUGGGUGAUGUACACGGCAUGAAAAGAUCUCUGGAGGCACUUCUAGAAAAGGUCAGCUUCGAUAAGGACAAAGGGGAUCAUCUGGUACUAGUUGGUGAUCUGAUCAACAAAGGGCCGGACAGCCCUGGUGUGAUCGAUCUGGUCAUGGAGUUGGGCGCCACCGCCGUGAGAGGCAACCAUGACAAUGCCGUCCUCGAUGCUGCCGUGGAAGUUAACGCAAGAGGAGACAGCUCAAUGCAUGCUGGAAGCGUAUCCAGCGGUACCGCACAGUUACCUGGGAACUCGGGAGUUGAUUCACCUAGUGAGACUCUCGCAUCCGACGGCCCUGAAAAAGGCGCACCUCUCGAAGGUAGUCUUCACACACGACACAGCGAAACAACGUACAGCACAGCCCGCGCACUUUCGGCGCCCCAGCUCGACUGGCUCGCUGCUCUGCCAUUGAUCUUGCGCAUCAAGCUACCGUACCACCCAGCAUCAUCCCUAAAUGAAACUCUUAUUGUCGUACAUGCUGGUCUCACCCCUGGUGUCCCGCUGGAAAAGCAGGAUCCCCAUGCUGUAAUGCACAUGCGCAGCGUCACUCACCCGCCAGGCGAUGAAGGCACCUUCGUGCCGGCGGAGGCAUCGGGAGAGGAAGGCUGGGCUACUCACUGGGAUCAGUGGCAGGACCAACUGACUACCCGAACUACUGUGAUAUUUGGGCACGAUGCGAAACGUGGUCUGCAGCUGGGCAGCCAUUCAAUCGGACUGGAUUCCGCGUGUCUAUAUGGUUACAGUCUUAGCGCGCUGGUCGUUGAGUCAACCGAUACGGGAUUUCAGCAUCGAGUAGUGCAGGUCAAAUGUGCUGACACGCCUGUUGCCCCAACAGCAUAA